AUGGCCAUCUGGAACCGCAAGUCGAGUUCUUCGGACGGCGUAAGUCCUCACGCUUCUGAUCCUGAGUAUGGCACCAAGCCCGAGUACCAGCACGAGACUGGAGAGGUCUCCGCUGUAGACAGCAAUGGCGUUGCCGUCCACUCCGACCACACGCAUCUGCACCGUGGUCUGAAGUCGCGCCACAUUACUAUGAUUGCCAUCGGAGGAGCCAUUGGAACUGGUCUCAUUAUCGGUACUGGUAAAGCGCUGGCACAAUCUGGCCCUGGUUCAAUUCUCAUCGCCUACACUUCCGUCGGUCUCAUCGUCUACGUUGUCAUGACUGCUCUCGGCGAAAUGGCCGCUUGGAUUCCUCACGCUUCUGGUUUCGCUGGCUACGCUACCCGUUUCUGCGACCCUGCUCUCGGGUUUGCUCUUGGUUGGACUUAUUGGUGCAAGUACAUUAUCACGACGCCGAACCAGCUUACUGCCACUGCUUUGAUCCUUUCGGAAUGGAAGUCUAGAGAUGAAGUCAAUCCCGGAGUCUGGAUUGCAAUCUUCCUAGUCGCCAUUAUCUGUAUCAAUUACUUCGGUAUCAAGUUCUUCGGUGAACUUGAGUUCUGGCUUAGUUCUAUCAAAGUCAUCACGAUUGUUGGUGUCAUCUUCCUCUCGUUCCUCCUUGCUGUCGGUGCUGGGCCUGGUCCGGCAACUGGCUUCAAGUACUACAAUGACCCCGGUGCGUUCAAGCCAUUCAUCGCUGGUGGCUCUGCUGGUAAAUUCUACGGAUUCUGGAGCUCCUUGGUCAACGCCGUCUUCGCCUAUCUCGGUACUGAACUUAUCGGUGUUACCGUUGGAGAAGCCCAAAACCCGCGCAAGACCAUUCCUCGCGCCAUCAAGCUCACCUUCUACCGGAUCUUGUUCUUCUACUGCUUGUCGGUAUUCUUCUUGGGCAUGAUUGUUCCCUACAAUUCCGAGGAGUUGGCGUUCGCAAACAAGGCUACUACUGGUGCCUCCGCUUCUCCUUUUGUCGUCGCCAUCAAGCUUGCGAAGAUCCCAUAUCUACCCACGAUCGUCAACGCCUGCAUCUUGCUCUUCACCUUCAGUGCUUCCAACUCUGACCUUUACAUUGCCUCCCGUACGAUCUACGGUCUGGCCGUCGAAGGCCAUGCCCCUAAGAUCUUCCUCUGGACUGAUAAGCGCGGUGUGCCCGUACCUGCUUUGGCCAUCUCCGCCCUUUUCUGCUGCACUGCUUUCAUGAACGCCGCAGAUGACGCCAAGGUGGUUUUCGGUUACUUCGUCAAUCUCACCACUAUUUUUGGACUGUUGUCUUGGAUUUCACUUCUGGUCUCGCACAUCUGGUUUGUUCGCGCGCGUCGCGCUCAAGGCAUCACCAAAGACAUGAUGGCGUACACUGCUCCGUUCGGUCUUAUCGGAUCUUACAUUGCGCUGUUCUUCUGCAUUCUCAUCGCCUUGACGAAGAACUUCAGUGUCUUCACCAAGGAUCCGAAAUAUGGCACUUUCGACUACAAGAACUUUGUUACUGGAUACCUCGGUAUUCCGGUCUACCUGAUUUGCAUCUUCGGUUACAAGUUCAUCAUGAAGUCCAAGAUGGUCAAGCCUCACGAAGCCGAUUUCUACAGUGGCAAGGCCGAGAUCGACCGCGAAGAGGAGGAAUUCCUCGCUCAUGCAGCAGAGAAGAAAGCCACCGAGGGCAAGGGUGGCAGCUGGUUCUACCGAACCUUCGUUGCAUGGUUGAUCUAG